AUGAAAAGGCAGAUAAGCUGAGGAGGGCUGAAAGAGUUUAAAAAGUUGAACAUUUUCAUAUCUGAACAUGAAGCAGAAUGUUUGAAGGAGUUGAAAAGGCAGAAAGAUGAAUAUCUGAAAAGGAUAAAAAGGUCUAGAGCAAGAGGGCAGAGAGAGGUUAAAAAUGUGAAAAAACACUGGAACGGUGGACAGUUAAAAGCAGAAAGAACUUAAAAAGGUGAAAAAACACUGAAAAGGUUGAAAGUUAAAGACAGAAAGAGCUUAAAAUGGCUGCAUCAUCUAUGUAAAGUAAAAGAUGCUGGAUCCAAAUCCAGCUGAAGAGAAUUCUUUCUCCAGUGUUCCAGCUGCUCUCCAAUCAAGUGAUUGUGUUACUCACUCUAGCUGAUGCAAUACACACGCAUUCUAUAGAUACACACGCUGGAGAAGUAGCAGAGACAGAGAUGAAAAUGUCCCCAUAAGAAUGAAUGGGAAAAUGCCUCACAAACCCCUGCGAUUUUAGAAAAAACGUUAAUAGUUAGGGUCAAAACAUCUAUAAGGUGAGUGAGAGGAGAUAUUGCUGAUCUCGGUCAUCUGGUUUUUAUUUCUGGAAAGUAAGAAAUGAGGGCACAAACGCGAGAGACAAAUCAGGUACUGUCUGCUGUCCUCUAGAACUUUAGGCUCAAAAUUAUUAACAUUGGGGCUUAUGGGGUGGCUUAGUGACUUCUUGUCACUCCAGGGCUUCCACAUCCAGUCGUACACCUGAAAUGAGACCAUCUUCUGAAAGCCAACACGUUUUCCUACAUUUCUAUGUAUACAUUGUCUAUGUUGAGUAAAAGGUUUGGGAUCUAAAUCAAGCUGAAGAGAAUUUUUUUCUUGAUCAGCUUCAGCUGCUCUACAUUCUAGCGAUGAUGUCAUGCACUCUAGCUGACGCAAUACACACCCAUUAUAAAGUCAGAAGACGGGCUAAAAGUUCUUCAAACUAAAACUGUGAUUAGUUCAAAACCGUACAAUAUUUUUAAAAACUGAAUACAAGCCCAAUAGUUCAAGGUUGGGUGACUCUUUUAAAGUUGGAAUGGUGUCUCUAGCUCAAAGCAUGAGGGAGAAGAAGAGGUUGGAAUCUGAGGAUUUUUGACGAGGAUUUGAAGCUUUUCCCAUUUGCGGCAAUGUUACAUUUUUUUAAAUAAAAAGCUGAAUUUAUGAAAAUGUUGAAAAGUUGAAAGGCUGAAAAGCACAAGGCUGAAAGAGCUUAAAAAGCUGAACAUUUUAAUAGUUGAACGGUUUCAAUAGCUGAACGUAUGCUGAAGUUAUAGCAGAAUGAAAUUUGAAAAAAUCCCCAUAAGGAUGAAUGGGGAAAAUUUCGCAUAAAAAGAUGAGUAUUUCCAAAAGCAUAAAAGGUAGAAACAAGAAAAAUAGACGCCAUCAUGUCCUAAAAAAGCUGCAUAUUUUGAUAUUUGAAUGGUUUUUAUUGCUUAAAAAACGUAUGGAAGAAGAAUAAUAUUAUUAAAAUUUAGAAGAACAAUAGUGUGAAUGCCUUCAGCAUUCAGCAUUCACACUAAUGCCUUCAGCAUUCACACUAAUAACACACACAAAAAAAAAAUCUAGUAAAUAAACAUGGUCACUGUUACUAUAGCAACAGGCCUAGACUCAGUGAACAUUCUGAGCUUCUUCUGCUUUGAUCCUCUGUAGCAAUGGAUCGUGAAGAGAGAAGUGAGAAGAGAAUUCGUGGAGGAAAGGAGAAGAAAAGAAGCCAGCAGAUACAAAACACAGAAGUCCCGCAGGAGAGACAUUUGGGAGACAUGGAAAACAAUCCCGUGAUGGACGAAUUUGCUCUGCUUGCCAUCCAAAGAAACAUGAGGCAUGAACUCAGGGAUCACAUGGUGAAGCUCACCAAAGGUAGAACUGAGGGCAGAGUCAAUUUGGAAAUCAAGGAGGAUGCGCUGACUAAUAUCCUUGAUCAGCUCAGAGGAAAAAAAACAUGGAGCCAUGAGAAAGAGCUGAUGGAGAAACAGAUAUGUGCCCUGAAAAAACAGUUUAAUACCCGCACCAAGACGGACACCAAGGAUUUGAAAUCACAGGUCCAAAUGCUCUGUAAGAAACUGUCUCUCACUCUGGAAGAUAUUGAUGAGAAGAAGUCUCAGCUCAAGCUCCUUCAGAAAGCAUUGGAUGAUUUGCCUACUAUGAAGACAGAGGAGGUGAUAAAAUACUUCGAGUCACUGCAACACAGACAGGCCGAGUCAGUGGAGAACAUUGAGACCAAGCCUGUUUGGGUCCAACUGGAGAAAGUGAAGGCUGACAAUACGGUUCUUCAACAGAAAGUAUGCGAAUUGGAUAGUGAAGCCUGUCGUUUAAAGGAGCUGCGAUCACAGGAAACACAACGUUUCAAGUCAAUUAUUGAGCGCCUACAGUUGGAGCUCUAUAACAAAAACCCAGCGGAGUUUGAGGCUCACUUGAAUGCAAAUCAGCUGGAAGAAAGACUUGUAAAUGAGAGAAUUAAAGUUCUGGAGUUGCAGGACAGACUGGACAAGAAAAAGGAAGCUUUUCAAAACCUAGAGAAAGAUGCUAAGAGGGCCAUAAAAGCAACCCAGACUGCCCUGAAAAAGGCAGAGGAUCUGCUGGAGACUGGGCGCCUCUGCUGGCAGCAGGAGAAAUCCUCCCUGCUGGAGGAGAUGGAGAGAUCCAGAGCUCUCCACGUGGCUCAGCUGGACGAGGAGAAACACAAGAACGACACCCUUGUGGCUACACUGAAGGACCUUAAGCAGCAGCUGGACAGCCAUCGUUCUGAGUGGCGGGAGGAAAAGGCGUCGCUUGUUCAGGCCACAGAAGACCGUAAGAAGACUGUGCAGGAUAUGCAAGUUGUGGAGACUAUGGAAAGAUCUCAGGCUUCUCAACAAGCCCAGCAUGAGGAACAGAAGGAGGAAACCAGGAAGUUGGCCGCUGCCAUGAAAAAGGCAGAGGAUCUGCUGGAGACUGAGCGCUUCUGGUGGCAGGUGGAGAAAGAGGUGGAGAUAUCCAGAGCUCUCCACAUGGCUCAGCUGGAAGAGAAGAAACACAAGAAUGACAUCCUUGUGGCCCUGGAGACUGAGCGCCUCUGCUCGGGGUGGAUGAAAACCACUCUGUUGGAGGAAAGGAGGAAGCAGGAGGAAGCCACAGCUCUACUUGUGGAUCAACUGGACAAGCUGAAACACGAGAACGACACCCUGGUGGCUGCUCUGAGGAAUGCUGAGCAGGAGUUAAAGACAUCCCCCAUUCAGGCCUCAGAGGAGGAGGAGUGGGGCGAGACAGAAAGCCCCACGCAAGCCCUGCUGGGAGAUCUCGUCAGCAAGAAGAAGAAAAAGAAGAAAUGAUACCGAAUUUUCUUCUAGAGCCCAAAUCCAUGCUCAGGAACACUUGAGACUUGCUGAAAACACACAGUCGUCAACCCUGUGCUACAACAGGCUGUCACCAGGUGCUUUGGUUAGCCCACUUUCAUUGAAGAAGAAAUUCUUCAAUGAUGGGGGAAAAAAAGUUCCAUCAGUUCAGGCUGCAUGUUAACAUCUGCACGGCAUCACACAAUCUGGCCAGUAUUCUCCUACUUAGCUAUGGGAGUUUUUCAGGGAAAGGUUGUUCAUGUUGAGGGCAGAAAUUUCUGUAUGGCUGAACUUUGCAGUACUAGCGGUUUGACAAACUGACGUUCCAACUGGAAGAUCUCAUCAGCAAGAAAAAGAAAAAAAGGAAGUUCUUCUCCAGCCCAGAUCCACGCUCAGGAACACUUGAGACUUGCUCAAACACAUGUAGUCAUCAGCCCUGUGCUACAAUGGGUUUUCUCCGGGUGCUCCGGUUAGCCCACUUUCAUCGAAGAAGAAAUUCUUCGAUGAUGAAACAAAAAGUUCCAUCAGUUCAAACUUCUUGAGGGCAGAAGUUUAUGUCCAGCUGAACUUUGUAGCACUAGCGGUUUGACAGAUGGAUUUUUGUUACAUCUUUUAUUACAUCUCUCGCUGUGUUUCAGCUGAAACAAAUAGCGAGAAUAAAUGUAGUAAAGGACCAGUUUUAAGCACGUAAUGUAAAUCCAGAAGCAGCCUCAGAAGAUGUGGAGUGCUCUAGUGAAUAUUAAUUUUGUAAGUUUAUAUAUGUAUGUAUGUUACUAUGUUUCGUCAACUUUAAAUAAAAAUUUAGAAAAAUGA